AUGAAUUCUUUACAAUGCAUUGAUUACUCUUUUCUAAGAGCUCCUUAUGAAGAGCUAAACAGCAAGUUCCACACCACUAAAAGAAUGCUGGAAAAAGAAAUUUCAUUUGCCGCUUCCCAUUUGAAGCUUAUGAAAAAAUAUUCAGAAAAUCUUGAUAGGCAGCAAGCCAAAGCUACAAUCCAAGGCUUAAUUAAUAGACUUAGACUCCUAAGGUCUUCACUUGAAACCUGCUAUGAAGAAGAAGACAAUUUAAUUGAAAUAAUUGACGCAAGAACCAAACACCUGAGCACCAAAGAAAAUAACGCAAUUUCUAGGUUUUACAGGCUUGUAGAAGAACAUUAUGCCCGACAAGGCGAUUUAGACUUUGUCACUAAGCUCAGUGAGAAAACCCACACCAGCCAAUUUGUUGAUAUAGAAAUAUUUCAAAAAGGAAAAAAAAUAAUCGCAGACCUCCAAGCUUGUGACGUGAAUUCUGCUUUAGACUGAUGUGAUGCCCACAAGUCAAAGCUGAGAAAGCUAAAAUCGUCUUUAGAAUUUGAGCUGAAGCUUCAAAAGUUCGUAGAAAUGAUAAGAGAUAGAAAUAUGAUGGGGGCAAUUAAUUAUGCAAGAAGCCAUUUUGGACAAUAUCCAGACAAUCAGAGCAGAAUUCAGCAUGCCAUGAUGCUGCUGGCUGUGGUGCAUAGAAAAGAUGAUUUUUCUGAAUAUUGUAAACUUCUAGAUGACAGUCGAUGGAAAGAAUUAAUUGCACUUUUUUGGAAAGAAAUGCUAAAAGUCUAUAAUAUGACUACAGAGUCGCCUUUUGCGAUUGCAUUGAGAGCUGGGCUGGCUGCUUUAAAAACUCCUCUUUGUGCCAAGAUUGAGUGCAGAUCUGAGGAAUGUCCUAUGUGCCAGCCGAAUUUUCAAGCGCUGGUUUCUGAUAUCCCACAUGCUCAUCAUUCACAUUCGUCGUUGUUGUGUAGACUUAUGGGGACUGUAAUGAGUGAAAAUAAUCUGCCAGUGGUGCUUCCCAAUGGGCAGGCGUUUAGUGAACAAGGGAUAAAAAAGAUAAUAAAAGAUGGAAAAGUUAUUUGUCCAAUAUCUGGGAAACAGUUCAGUGGGCAGCAGAUAUCGAAAAUAUAUGUUGUUUAA